UCUGUGCGUCCACUUAGCGAUCGACGGGGGACAAGCCGGAGGAUAUUCCAUGCCGUGUCGUGGUGCCCAGACAAGUACGACAACUAGAAAAGAAGAAGAGAAGAUAAAACUGAAAUCUGCAAGGAAUAGGUUUUCAGGAAGGAGCUGUGCAUGCAUCAAUCUGGGGCUCUGACGAGACAGGACAUCAACUUGCACACCCAACACACCCAACACACCGGGGGCUAUCGACAUGCAUCAGCAGUUAUCAACACGCCAAACAACACUUCGCCGCCAUCUCGACGCGAACGGCAAUCUUUGGCGGGCAACCGUUUUGAUUCCUCUCUCUCUCUCCUUCUCUCUUUUUCCCUCUCGCUUCGUUCCCGCUGCUAUGCCCCAAAGGAACGGAAGCAAGUGAUGUGUCAUCGAGGCAAGAAUGAUGGUAGGCUUACUCUUGUCUCGGCCAGAAGGGCGGAGAGAAGAGGACAAAUCGCACAACGGAUGAGGUUCAUGUCCACCCUGGUCAAUAGGGGGGUCUCGGCCAAUUCCAGGAUGCCGUUCGAUCUGAUGGCAUGGGCGGCGGAACACCUCACCUGCCUUGUAAUUUUCUCCGGUCGCAUGUAGUAAUGCCUGCACUCCCGUCAUGCGCCGAGCCUGCCGACGGGCACGUCGGCUCCAGAUGUUUAAUGCUGAUGCAAACUGCCAGCAGAGGCUCGUCAACUCGUCGUAACUCGCCAGUGACGGCGCGACGAGGGCGCGGCACGCCCAGAGGUCAAGUGAUGGGUCGGUAUAUCUU